AGCACCAAACACAUGCCGGCGUAAAAAAUAAGAUAACUCUGCCUUUUCUGAAACCAUUUUAAAUGCUUAGAAGGAUGAGUAGCGGCUACAGCGGUCAAAAACUGGCGACAGUUGUCAAGGAGCUUGAAAACUUUGCACCUGUAAAGCUGGCAGAGGCGUGGGACAACGUGGGAUUGCUGAUAGAGCCGUAUCGUGAGAAACUAAUCACCAAAAUAUUGCUCACAAAUGACCUAACCGAGCCAGUCAUGAGCGAGGCUCUCCAGAAGGAUGUGGGUCUGAUAAUCAGCUAUCAUCCGCCGAUAUUCCAAGCGCUGAAGAGGAUAACGCAGGCCCAUUGGAAGGAGCGCGUGGUGACCGCCUGUUUGGCCAACAAUAUAGCCUUAUAUUCCCCGCACACGGCGUGGGACAAGGCCUGCGGUGGCGUCAAUGAUUGGCUCUCGCAGGCGGUGCGUAUCCAAAACAUCCGUCCCCUGGAACCGGAAUUGGGGGCUCCCCCGGGUACUGGUUCAGGCCGAUUCAUAGAGACCAAAAUGGAAAUCGAUGAGCUGGUGCAAUCCCUUCAAAAUCACAUCCAGAACAGCGUCCAUGUAGCUUUGUCUGUCAACCAUCAUCCCAAGAGUCUCAUCCAAACCGUGGGCAUUUGUGCUGGCUCCGGUGGAACGCUGCUCAAGGGCAUCAAAGCUGAUCUCAUAAUCUCGGGGGAAAUGUCACAUCACGAGCUGCUAGAGUUCAAUCAUAACAACACCACAGUUCUGCUGUGCAAUCACAGCAAUUCGGAGCGGGGAUUUCUCAAGCAAUUCGCCCCGAAACUAGGGGAACUCUUGAAGGGAGCCUGCGAGAUUAUUGUGUCUGCUGAAGAUAAGGAUCCAUUGAUUACCGUGGCAAAGGGAUCCUCGCUAGUUGAUGCGUUCAAGGAAGGACAGUAACAGGAUUUUAGAUAAAUGUAUAAUGUUUAACAAUGCAUUUACUGGCAUCAAACGUAAUGUUUAAAAAUAAUAAUAAUAAAACGGAUUUUUCGAACGGC